AUGGAGCUCUGCGGGCGGCCGCCGCUGCUGCUGCUGCUCGGCCUGAUGCUCCGCUUCUGCUCCGGGGACACGGAGGACCGCCUCGUGUCGGACCGGUACGAGGUGUACUGGAACAGCUCCAACCCCCGGUUCUUCGGGGGCGAGUACACGGUGGAGGUGGCGAUCAACGACUACCUGGACGUGUACUGUCCGCACUACGAGGGGGCGGAGUCACCGGAGCGCACGGAGCAGUACGUGUUGUACAUGGUGAACUACGACGGUUACACCACGUGUGACCACCGCAGGAAGGGAUUCAAACGCUGGGAGUGUAACCGCCCGCUGAGCGCCAGCGGACCACUCAGGUUCUCCGAGAAGUUCCAGCUGUUCACUCCGUUUAGCCUCGGCUUCGAGUUCCGGCCAGGACACGAGUACUAUUACAUCUCGUCUCCUCAUCUGAAUUUGGCUGGAAAACCUUGUUUGAAGCUGAAGAUUUACGUCAAACCAACGAACGACUCUGUGUAUGAGUCUCCGGAGCCGUUUCUGACGGACGACACCACCGGUGGCUGCGUCCUCGCCAUGCCCCGCCUCUCCCUGCUUUUCACCAUGUUGCUUGCGACACUCAUCGUCCUCUUCCUCGCCUCCUCAUAGUUCCUCCUCUUCAUCCUCCUCCUGUCGCUCUGACAGACCGGACACGAGGCAGGAACACGUCUCCCCGACCUCUGACCUUCAUCUGAGGUCAAAUCAGCAGCUCAGCCACUCAGGAGGCAGAGACUGAUGGUGGGAGGAGCCUGGAGCUAGGGGGGCUCCAAAUACCACAGAUGUUCAUUUUUUAAAUGAAUAACUUAUUCUUUUAUAUUCACACAACAAAAAUCCUUCAUUAAAUUUAAACUUUAUUUGAACUUUAUUUACAGCAAAAUAAAUCAUAUUCAAAUAUUAAAACGAAGAAGUAAUGAAGAAAUUAAAUAAAAGAUUUAAAUGAAAAGCUGGAGCUGAAGUUAAAGAUAAAAUCUGACUUUUUAUAACUGAACAAGAUCAUGUCUUAUUUUUUGUAUACAAAAAUAACCGAAACAUGAUUUUAAUGUUCAUUUGUUUCCUUCUUUGAUUGUUAGAUGAUGUCUCUCUGUCUCUCUCUCUCUCUCUCUCUGUCUCUCUCUCUCUCUCUCUCUCUCUCUCUCUCUCUCUCUCUCUCUCUCUCUCUCUCUGUCUCGCUCUCUCUCUUCCUCUCUCUCUCUCUCUCUCUCUCUCUCUCUCUGUCUCUAUAUCUAUCGUCCAUCUCCAGCCUCUUUCCUGUAAAUCUGCCAAAGACUUUGAUUUAUCUACUCAUUGUUUCUUAAAUCUGGGGGGGGGGGGUGAAGACACUCAAAAUAGGUGUAGCACUAACCCCACCCCUUCAUAUACAAGGGGCGGGGUCACAUUGUUUCUUCGCAGAAUACAAAUUAAAUGGCCUUUUCCACUGGUGCUGAAUCUUUUGUGAAGGACAAACAGCGACCCCAUGUGGUCGAGGUGAAGAUCUUCAUCACAUCCUACAUGGUUUUUGUUGUCAUCUCUUUUUAUCAUCCCUCCAUCAUCUCUGCUGAUGGAGGGGAGCGUGUCCUUGACUCGACGAGCAGCGGCAUGCUGGGAAAUGCAGUAUAACCAAGGAGCGCACUGUGACGUAGCACUUACACUCAAGACAGAAACGAACUGAUGUCGACGUUUCCUUAUUUUCAUAUUUAAUGUUUCUGCCAUUUUUCUGUGGAAAAACAAUUCAUGUGAGAAAUGAAGGAAUAAAUCUGUUGUUUACUCUUUUUUUCUGUAUCCAUCACAGUGCAUUCUGGUCCUUGUAGUCCUUUGUGUUCAGGGUGUGUGGAUCUACAAUGUUUGUGAGUUUUCAUCAGUUUUUCGUAAUGUCUACAUUAAAGAAUAAAAGUUCUGAUGGCAGUUUCUCAAGAGGGAGUGAGACCUCCCUGCUGUAUCUGGUUUACAAUAUCUUCAUUUGUCUGUAAAGUUUCCAUACUUUAUUGUUUAAAGACAAAAAUCUCUUUGUAUAUUUUCUUAUCUAUGCUGAUGACAUUCCUGUUGUAAAGAAUGCAUUGAUCUUAUUGGCUGAGGAGCCACCCAGGGGUCAGAGGUCAUCAGGUCCUGUGCUGCAUGAGUGGAAAAAUCUAUAAUUUAGUGACGAAGAUUCAAAGAGAAAAUGUGAAGAAACAAAUGAAUCUAUGUUCUGAUAAAUUCACCACCAAUAAAAAUCUGUUUCACUCAAAA